AUGGAUGACACUACUAUGGUAGACAGCUCACCUGCUGGUGUAGCAGAGAAGCCAUACAAGAACAAAGCUGGUGACAGAGCUGCUUGUGCAUCUACAAGUCGUCGCAGUGGCCCUCGCAAGACAGUUCAAAAGAGGGAUGUCUCAGUGGAGGAUCGGAAGUUGGCCACGCAAACCAGACUCUUGUUCAACGAGCUAUCGCGGCAGAAAGCGUCAUAUAAGAAGCAUAUCGAUCAAUUGAAGCAGGCCAUCAAGAUUCUGGAGAGCUUUGAGACGGAAGAGCGAAUCCUUGACCUUAUCUCGAAAUGGAGAGGAGUCUCGCAAGCUGGCAUGUCGUACAUGCUAAAUUCUACAUUGCUUAAGAUUGAUAAAAUGGGAGGUUAUGAAGAGCUAUUAAGAAGAGAAUGUGAAGCUGAAAAGAGAAAGAUUGAAUACCAGUUCAGUGACAAUUUGCAGGAGGAUAUGGAAGCUGUCUUUGAGUCUGAGGACUUUCAAGCGCUGUCGGAGGAAAUGCAACAAGAAUACAGGGAGCAGAUGAUGGAGCAGGUCAAAGAGGCUCAAAUACGCAAAGAAAAGGAGUUUGCAGAAAUUGAAUUAAAAAUGAAACAGAGCGCAGGCCAAGAGAUGUCAAUGCAAGAGUUAUCGAAAAGGAUGAAGUUGGAAUAUUCGAUGAUUUUCCCCGAUUAG